AUGAAGCGUGAGCACCAAACCAGCACGUCCUACAACCCCCGCACCAUGCAGGGAUACAAGUAUCCAGUUCUCAUACACAAUGCAACGGGAAAUAGCUAUUGUCCAAUAACACUUGAUAAAAUUUGGUGCGACAACAUCGGUGUCUUGUCAUCUUCCAACAGUCCUCAUAUCCGUCGCCUCAAAGAUCUAUGUCUCUCAUUUGCCCUGUUCCAUCUUGUGGUUCGGCGAUACUUCGGCUACAGUUGUCCUGAAUCUAAGCUUGACAAGUCUCGUGCUCUUGUUCUUGAUGGGCUGCUGCAAACAGAACAAGACUAUGAAAGAGCAUUCCAAGUGAUCGAAGCAGAGCUUGCUUUUCUAUAUGACUUCUUCUUCACCAAGUAUGCUUCCAUUAUGUAUGUCGGUCAGAAGAUGUAUUGUGCUACCUCACUUGCCAUCACAGUAGUCUGUAUUGGUGCGGGUACAUGGGUUAUUAUUAUUUCAAACAGACAAGUUUCUAUUUUGGAUGAUCUUUUGGUCGAAACCAGCACACAAGACGUUGUCGUAACCAUAGCGGCCUUGGGUGGGCUGUCAAUAUUCGAACUGUUGCAGAUAUGGUCUUACUGUGCCUCUGACUGGGCGAAGGUAUCCUUUGUUUGUAAGUACGCAGCAGAUCCAUCCUGGCAAGGGAAUGCCAAUAUUGGGAGGCUUCUUUUGCUUCUAGGAAGACCUCACAGAUGGCUUCGCUAUUGGCGCAACACCAUUGGUCAGUACUCGUUCCUUGAUUUCUCUAGUUACAGUUGUUGGGAUCAGUUGAAGGAAUGCUUUCAAAGUAGAAAGACAGGCAGUCCUGUAGAGUUGCCAAUGGAGGUGAAGAAGGCAGUCGCACGGGUUAUCAAGAACUCAAUCAAUGGGCAUCUAUCAAAUGGAGCAUCGGCGUUGGUGAGACAUGGCAUGAGUGAUGAGCUAUGCUGGGCAUGUCAGACUGACGAUGAAUUUACUGUCACACACAGCAUACUGGUAUGGCAUGUCGCGACUGGCUACAGCGAGAUCUCCGAAACAUUCGCAGGCCCCAAUGAAAAUGACGUGCAUCCAAACCGAGGUGUUGCCACUAGCUUGUCCAAGUAUGUUGCAUACUUGGUAGCUUGUGCUCCGAAGUUACUACCAGGCCGUCCGAUAGUGUCAGAGUGUACACUCGACGAGCUGGAGAAACAAGCAAAAAGAACUCUUUGGGGACUCGUAUCGCCAAGGCAGAAGUAUGAAAAGCUUAGAGAACUGUACAAUGUCGUCGAUGAAGUUCCGUCAGAUGUAGCUGAUGCAACUGCGACAGAGGCAACAUCCGCACAACUGUUGAGCAAGGGUGUCAGGCUAGGGAAGUUGUUGGAGAGCUUGGAGAAUCACAUGAUCCGUUGGGAACUAUUGGCCGAUUUCUGGGCAGAGAUGCUGGUGUAUAUCGCCCCGUCUGAUAAUGUGGCUGGUCACAUUGAACUUCUUGCUGAAGGUGGCGAGUUUGUGACCCACAUCUGGGCGCUGCUUAUGCAUGCUGGCAUCCUGGAGCGGCCUGCUACUGCAAUACCCUAG